UCGUGUCGACGUGCGCGCGUAUCCAUAAUUUGAAUUUCGAACGUGUUCUCUUGUACAUUCGAAUUUGACGCUACUAAAAUAAAUAGUGAUAGUGACAUAAUAUAAUAUUAAUGUUUUUUAAGUUAAAUUAUCAUUGAAAUAAUAUUAUUUGAUAAAAUGGCGGUAGUGAGGUUUUCGGUGAUAGUUUUACUUUUGGUCCAGCAAGUUUUCGCAGUUUACCGCGAUUGUUCGGAUUUUGAUAGUUUAAAAAAUUGCAACGAAUGCAUUCGAUGUGGGGGACACUGGUGCAACGAUCCAAAUGAGGAGAAACGCUGCACCGUGAUGCGUUACGACAACUGGUGUCCAGGAAAUCAAGAAAAAUUAACGUUCCUAACUAAUGUGGAUGAGGAUGGAACAUCAUUCCAACCGAAAUACCGAGUUAGGACGCUCACAAUUGGAAUGGACGAUCGAUUUGACAUAAGCUAUCCGUCCAAGUCUAACGAACCGAAGGUUGAGAUAGUCGUUAAUACGACUCAAACAUCAAACUUCCAAGUUUCAAAUACGACCAGUUGCUACGAUUCAACCUGCACCACUACCGUCAAAGCAAACCCAGAAACUAACUUCUGCGCCGCGAACGGUGGCAUUACUGAAUACUUCAACGUCAAGCUGUCAGUCGAAGGUAUUAAAGAGGAUGCAGUGAUGAAGUUCCAUGUACCCUGUGCAUGCGCAUGUAGUGCUAAAGUGGAGGAAAGAUCACCGGUAUGCAAUGGAAGAGGCAGUUUAUCAUGUGGAGUCUGCACUUGUAAUGAAGGAUGGAAAGGAGCUUUCUGUGAAACACCAAUUUGCGAAGUGAAGCGAGGAGAUGUUCCCUGCACGGACUCGAGUAGAGAUAACAUCGAGUGUUCGGGGAAUGGCGUGUGCGGGCCUUGCGACAAGUGCGAAUGUUUCACCGACAGAGAGGGUUCCCGAUACUUCGACAAGGAUAACUAUUGCGCCGACAUUUGCAUGACGAUUAACGAUUGUGACGAUUGUUUCCUCAGUCCAAUCCCUGGCCGAUGUGACACGUGUCACUUCGCGUUGUACAGACAGAAAUACAAUCAGACGUUAAUGACGCAAAAGGAUGACUUCAAUAGACACCUGUGGGUCAGAUGCAACGGUACUAUUAACGAGUGUAACUACGAGUACGCGGCGAUGAGAGAUGGAAACGACGAAACCUUCUUCAUGGUCACUAAGUCAUGUGAUCCCACGCAAGAGGGACGAGCUGCUGCCGUCAGUUUGACCCUGCCGAUAGUCCUCGGAGUUAUCGCCCUGGUGGUAGCGGCAGCAGCUACUGUUGGCUACAUGAUGUGGAAGAACCGUCCCCCACCCGUUCCCCUCGCUGACCCUAUGUACCAGAACAUCGGCGCUGAGGACUGCACCGGAGAGAACCCACUAUACAAGCCACCUACAUCCUCCUUUAAGAACCCUACGUACGGCAAGUGGUAAUCAGGUGUUACCUGAAUCAUCGUGAACCUUGAGACCAUGGGGUCAAUGGGACGAAGGGGACACAAAUCGGCCCCGAUGUCCCGUUUCGCUACCCAUUCCAACACUGCCUGUGAUCAACACGGUAUGAUGAAGAAAUUGGAUUCGUCCGGUGUCAGCGUCGCAAUCUGUAACUAUGUAUAUCUUUAUAGUAAUAGUGCGUUUUAUGUAAUGCCUCUGUGAUAUUUAAGAUGAUUAAGUAAUAAGUGUUAUAAGUUUUGAUGACUCACACGCUAUCGUAUGUUUUGAUUAGUAAUCUCAUGGUUGACGCACGGCAGAAUAAGGAGUGUGACCUUAACUUUUCACACCUGCCGUGGAAAAAGAAACAUAUAAAUAGCUUUUGUAGAUAAGUAGGGCCUAAAUUAUUCAUCGACUUCUGGAAGUGUAGAGACAUUUACAAAUGACUUCAAUUUAUCCGUUAUUUCUUUAACUUUGCAUCAACUAGAACAUGGCAUGGAAAAUACUUUUGACAAUUUAAAAUGAUCUCAUUAAAUUCCAUUUGAAAUAUAAAAAUAGUAAAAUUUAUUGCAGAGUCGAUAAAUAUAGAACUGAUACUGUGUGUUGUAUUAUUUAAUAGUAAUAUUCAUUACCGUUACAUUAUCAUACAUUUUGUAAAAAAAUAUUUAGUCUAUUAAAUAAAAAAACAACCAAUAUAGAUCUUACUUCUGAAGUGAAAGUACAAGGAAAGUAGGAUAUUGUACUGAUUUUUACACGUAAUGCCUGUGGGUGUGAUACACAUCUCGUGGGUAGAAUCUCUGCUCCAACGGAACUGCGUCGAGUUGACUAACGGGUUUUGUUCGAACUCUGACACAUUCAAACAACUCGUUUAUAAUCACACAAUUUCUAAACGAAAAUUCAUAUCAUCUUGUGUUUUAUGAAUUCGAUAAAAACCCGACAACGCAUUAUUUAAUGAUUUUAAUCGACCUAUAGGUUAAACGUAGAGUUAAAAAUUAUUUUUAAUGCAUUUCAAAUAUCUUUUCGGUAUAAAAAUUUAAUUUAAAAAAAUCUAUGUGACAAUUACAUCCUAUAAGUCGAUUAUUAUUCGUGAAAUAUGAUUGGUCUUUAGAUUGGUUUUAUUUUUUUACGAAUGUUAAUUUUAUCGCCUUUUUAAAGUUCCUAUAAAGGAUAUGUAAAAUAUGACGAAUGUUUUUAAAUUUAAAAUUAAUAAAAACGUCGAGUCUAUGAUUAUGCUAAUUUAAUUUUAAGAUAAUAUAAAAACACAUUCUGUUUUGUCAUUCCAUAUAAAUAUAAUAUGAUAAUGAUUAAAAAGAGUAAAAAUGUAAGAACAAUAAAUAAUUCAUGAUUUACUUUUAGUUUCAAUAUAGGUUUGCAUAUUAUUACAAUUUUCAUAAAGUAUAAUUGCCAGCAACAAAUAUAGAUAAGCUUAAUUAUGACAGACUAAAUUCUAAAAUGUAAUUAGAUAUCUUAUGAUUACAGUAAGAAAUAAGCUCUGUAAGUGUUUGUAUAAAGUAGGAUACGACUGCGUUGUACUUGAUAAUGUUAUUUGUAAAUAUAUCAAUAACCCAAUUCUGUAUACUUAAUUUAGUAAAUAUUUAUAGUUUUGUUAUACUUAGGUUUGUGCCUAAAAUGACUAACUUCGAUCGAUCAUGUUUGGAAUUGAAAAAAUUACGUUUGAUAUUUAAUUUAUGAAAAUAUAUUAAUCUUUGUACUUUAUUUUGUACUAACUUAUAUAACCCACAUACAAUACCAUUUAUUAUGUCAAUACUAUUUUAGGAAAAAUAAAAAGAUUUCUGUAGAAACCAAUAUUCUUAAUGAUAAUGUUGAAUAUAAAAAAAAUAUUUACGUUUUGUACCCGGAAAGUAUUAUAUAAAAAUAAACAGAUAAUAAAUUUUCAAAAACGA